CUUGAAAGGUAGUGAAAUUAUAGCUGAUUAGAAAGUGAUUCAUCCUUUCAACUGUGAACACGUUCAAAUGUCAUGAAGCAAAUGUCUCUUCAGUCGUUUUAGGAUCUGCAGCCUACGCACUUGCUCACUGGACAUUUAAUAACCACGUUAACGUGCUUGUUCUAGCACCUUCUUUCAUUUGCAGCCGUUACGUAAAGUCCUUUCCUGGAGUUUUUCCAGAGGCUGAAUGAAAUAUAUUAGAGCUGGGAGUUGUGAUGGUAUACAUCGAUGGUAGAAAUGACUCCCAGCAUGUCAAAGCAUUCUCAUAGGGCACACUGACACGAGGAUGAACCCUCUUCUUUUGCCUCAGGGUCAGAGUCUGCACAACAGACCAUCAGGUGAGACAGUGAGGGGUUUGAAGGAGUUAAAUGAGGACCGCUGAGGCUCCAAGCCCAGCGCUGAUCAGCACUCAGUGAUGCAGGAGGAGGAGGAAGAGGAAGGAGGAGCGAGCAGAGCAGCUGAGCCUUUCUGCUUUCAGUCUCUUGUCAGCGAAUGCCAGAGCAGUUUCCUUUUCUGUGCUUCUCUGAAAAACACACAUACCAGAACACUCUUCAUUGCUGAAUCCUUUCCUCUCCACCCUGAUCAUGCUGCGCUGGAAAAGGAGCAAGUUUGUGCUGGUGGAAAAUGAGUCCAAAAGCAAGCCAAAAAGUCUUGGAGCUGGACUGACUUAUCAUUCUCUGCUUUCGACUUUGCUCCACUCCUGUCCGGACCUCGUUCCUGACUGCCCGUUUCACUGGCUGGGAAGUGUUUUUCACAGCAAACGCCAGAAAGUGGAGCUCAACAAAGAGGAACCCACCUACAACGUGCGUUACCUGGGAAGCGUGGUCACCAUCAUGGCUAAAGGUGAAGAUUGCACGCAGGAUGCAGUGGCUAAGAUUUGGACUCGCAGCAGCUAUGGCGAACAGAGCGCCAAGAUGAAGCUCACAGUCGGGCCGCACGGCAUCCGCAUGGGGGUGGAUAAAGGCGGCAAAAAGAAGCCCGUCCACCAUUAUUCGCUCAACCGUAUCACAUACUGCACCGCUGAUCCCUUCCGUCCAAAGAUCUUUGCGUGGAUUUACAGGCAUCAGGUGAAGAAUAAAGCGGUGGUUCUACGAUGCCAUGCCGUUCUGUUGGCGAAGGCAGAAAAGGCCAGAGCAUUGGCACUUAGCCUGUACCAAAACUCAACGUCAGCAUUUACAGAGUUCAAGCGACUAAAGCGGCAAUCCGACUUCCGCCAUUGCCAGCAGCAGCUGUUGGGUGAGGACAUUGUGCCUCUUAUGCCUCUUCGGAGACUUCUGAACGGCAAGUGCCACUACCAGCCACCUGCAGAAAAGCCUGGAAGCGCCACACGGCUCUCCUCAAUUACUGAGGAAGAGGAGGAGGAUGAGGAUGGACAGAGGGAUGGUGAAUCCUUCAACACGAAAAACACAGGCACUCUCAGUCCUUCUUCUCCUCCAGAGAGAGAUCUGGGGAAGAUCGUAAAUCGACUGGAUGAGGUUUCGAUUACCAGCUGGGAUGAAGCACAGAUGACUAUCAGCACUCUGGUGUGACGUCAGAUGGAUACAAAUUAGUGUCCUCACCACUGAGCCUCUGUCCUGUCGCCUUUCCCGCCAACCCACUCUUGUCUGGUACGUCCAUUGAUGCACCGUGAAACAGCUCUCCGAAACCCGGGAUAAGGUCCGUUGGCAGCCACAAGGAAGCGUUACACGAGCUGCAUGGAGAAGAAGAGCCAGAAGAAGCACAAUAUAAGGAAGACCACAGGUACACCAAUCAUCCAGAGUUGGUCAAGAGCGUACACCGAAAAGCCUUUAUCUACCCCUGACGUCGAGUAAAGCCUAAACCACACAUCCAAAGAUGAUAAAGCAUUCAUCUCGUACUCACGGCACAGAGUGAUUUUGUGAGUUUGUGCCAUGAGAUUUAGACUGAUGAACUAUGACAAGGAACCGUAAAAUGUGACUUUUUGUAUGCCCAGAUGGUUCAUAACUGUCCCCCGGUGACCUCUUUCAACUGGCUCAACUUCAGUGAGAUGCGGUUAAAGCCGUUUUAUUGGCAUUGGGAGAAGCACUAAUGAAUUAAACCAUAACUUAGGAAUCGAGCCAUUGACUUGACAUGUUUACUGCUACCAUUCGUCAUAGCUCUGAUAAUCAGUAAUGCAUAACAAGUGGAGGCAUCAUCUGUGACGUCUGAGAUGAGCCUUUUAAAACAUUUAUAAAAGGUAUCUGUUUUACACUGUGAUUUGUCUGGGACCAAAUGACAGCAAUGUAUAUUGUAUUUAUACAAAUUGUAAUUCAUGCUGAAUAUGUGUUGGUGUAAUGUAGUCAUAAAAACUCAUUUCUAUGCUGUUCACAUGAAGAUCGUAGCUCCCAUCUGUCAACUCUGGCAUGUGUUUUUGUAAUUUCAGCACAUCGUAUUAAUCCUCUGGAAACUGAUUGGGGGAAAUGGUGAUUUUUCUACUACUUUCAUCUUUUUCUGCACAAUGGGACACUGUCAGUGUGAAAAAUUGCCAA